UGAGUACUUGGCAGUCCCACAAUCUGUCUUCAUUAUAGAAGAUCUUUCCUUUACAGGUCUGCAGGGAGGAAGCAUAAUGGAAAGGAUCUUGCUGAGAGCAAUGCUUCUAUCAAAUUGCUUCAGCCUCUUCUCCAGUUUCACUCGCCAUUACCACUUCUUCAGUGAACCUUUGACUUGGAAUGAAGCUCAGACUUUCUGCAGACAGAAAUACACAGACCUGGCCACCAUGGAAAACUCUGAAGAACAUAACUUGCUUUAUAAAACGCUUCAAUCUGCUGGUUACACCUCUGACGUCUGGAUUGGUUUGUACAGUGAAAUCGACUGGAAGUGGUCGGAUGGGUAUACUGGAGCUGGUGCUGAUUACAGGCACUGGAGAAGUGAUUACAAUGAACCAGAAUUUAAUCAUGCCAGUCAAUUGUGUGUAAGUUCUGGGGGGGCUGGAAAUUGGUGGGAUGAUGACUGUGCAGUAAACUGGCCAUUUAUCUGUAACACUGGGACACCAGAGGAACCUCAAUUUACUCGUCAAACAGAAAACAUGAACUGGUCUAGUGCUCAAAGGUUCUGCAGGGAAAACUUUGUCGACCUUGCAACUGUAAAGAAUGAUGCAGAAAAUAAUAUGUUAGCGACAGUAAUACCUUCUGGCCAUUCAUGGAUUGGUCUGUUUAGAGACCCAAACUUUUUUUGGUCUGAUCAAAGCAGCUUCCUGUUUAGUGCCUGGGACUCUGUCAUUAAUCCAAUCGGCUCAAUGACAGUGAUAUGUGGUGCUACAUCUUCUGGGAGAUCAGGAAAAUGGAAAUUUUUAUCAUGUGAACAAAGAUUGCCAUUUGUCUGCUACAGUGUUCAUGUUUUCAAAAAUGUAGUAAAGAUGAGACUGAAGGCAGAGGACUCCAUGGAUCUGAAUGACCCUGUUCUGAAAGAGAAAAUCCUGAAAAAGGUAAGUCUGA